GAGGGGUGUAUCACACGACACGUCACAGUACUGAAGGUGACAAAAACCCAAAGAACAAACAAGCCAGACUCAGAAGGACAGAAACCGAGAGACGCAGCCACGCCGUGAAGUUUAAAAGAGCUUUGGCUUCUGUGUUUAAGCCUUGCUGAGAUUGUCUGAGGCUCUAGAACAGGAGACAAGAACCGGAGAGUAGGAACUACGUGACAUUGGCUUCUCUGACAGCACCAUCACAGCGAGCGCUUUAGAAACGUGUCGGGUUCAGAGGAGGAAAACGGGCCAUACAUGAGGCACUGACAUUGAGAAGUUCAGUACAGACCAAAAAAAGGACUAAAAGGUGAAGAAAAGCGAGAGACAUCAACGCCAUGGAGAAUAAGUGGAUGCUGAGAUCCGUGUUUGUUCUGUUUGUCUGUCUCACAAGAAAUCUCACAUCAGGACAUGGUGACAGAACUCCUCUGGAUUCUAACAAAACCCCACACAGCACUGAUCCUACACAAGAAAAGCUUGAAGGUUCCAGGAAUGAGAGCUUUGAAGUGGACAGCAGGGUCACUUUACUCUGCACCAGCAGAAAGAUAAUAUGGAGUGAGAUGAUUUAUGUCAUCUGGAAAAUCAGCUUAAAAGAGAAGAACUGCAGUAUUGCUGUGGCUGUAAAUGACACAGAUUUCGACACCUGUGAAGAUGGGAAGAUUAUCAUUAGUGCAGGUGGAGACUACAGCCUGAUCAUCCCUCAUUUUUCCAUUAAAGAUGAAGGAAAUUACACCUGUGAUGUGUCCUACCGUGCGGGGGGCUACGUGGAAACAAUUCAUGUGUCUGCAUGGGCUGGACCAAAGAUGACUGACUGGCUGGAAACUAAAGGUGGCCACACUUUUGCUGUCUGUGAAGUUCAGAGUUUUCCAGCAGCUUCCAUCCACUGGGAAACUCCAUGGAACUCCUCUUUACCUGAGACACACUCAUCCAGAGAUGCUAGAGGAGUUUUCACAGUGACGAGCCGAUUACAGCUGCCUCAACAUUCCUCUCACAAAAACUUGACCUGUGUAGCAACUGACAGCCACUCCAAGUGGUCAGAGGCUCGAUUAAACAAAUUUAAAUUCAAAGGUAAUUCUGUUAAAUGGCAUUUCAUUCUCCUGGGCGUUUGUGCCACCUGCUCCAUCGUGACUCUCCUGACUGGUCUCUACAUCAUGCGGGAAAAAGUCGGACAGUUAAGUGUGUUUAAAAAGAUUUGCUGCUCAUCCCAAAUCUCCCAACCACCAAAAGAGGAAAAAACUCCACAGCCUCGUGACACUGAAGAAGUGGAGCCCUACGCCAGUUACGUGCAAAGAAUUAACUCCAUCUACAACUCCUCUGCUGAUCUCUGCAACGCCUGAACCAGAAGUACACACAUGCAUGGACAUGCAAACCCAGACAGUUUGAUGAGAUUGCAGAUUAUGGCAGAUAUGAACACAGUGCAGAGUGGAGUGAGGUUUGCACAUGACAAAUGCAACACUCAUCACUGCACACCUACUCUGUGGACAAAAGUGUGUGCUAAUACAGCAGGAAACAAAGGCUAAUGAAACCCCUUCAAAAAACCAGCCUUCAACAAACAGGCGCUGAUGAGAGAAACACAAACCAGAGUGAGUCAAAGCAAGAGAAAGAGUGGAAAGUGAGGGAUUCGCCCUGUCUUCAUGAUAUCAAGACUCUGCAAGAACUUGGCAGAGGUGAGCAGUGCCUCUGUUGCUUCAGCUACGUCCAAACUAAUCCACCAAGCUUAACAGGACACAGAAACUUGCUGAGGGGCCUUCAAAACUCUUUUAAUGUGGCCUUGAUUUCCAGCUGACUUUUUCUCAUGUACUGAUAAGAGUUGGAGUGGAGUGAGGAAUGUUUCAGCGAAUCAAAUGAUCACAGAGACUUGACAAUAAGGGAUUUACUUACUCUUUUGUCCAUGAGACAUGUGCCAGUCUCACAAACCCUCACUUCCAUUUCAGUUUUGGAGCUCUUUGCUGUACAUAGUAUAUUCAAGAAUCCCACAGUGGACCUUGGCACAAUAUAUAUUCUGCAUAUAUUUGGAACAAUAUAUUCUAAUGUACUCCAGAACUGCUGUCAGAGAGCAUCUUUCAUGUAUAUUUUCAUUUCCAGUCCAAAUGGUCAUUAAGUUGAAGUUAUUCUGGGCAUCAGCAGACAGAAACAGAAAAUGUCACAGAAGCUUCAAUAAUAAAAACGUAAUAUUA